AUGAGACCACCUGGAUUUCAGCAACAAGGGCCAUCAGGAUUCCAACAUCAGCAAUACAGACCUUUCCAGCAGCCACCUGCACCGCAACAGUCUCAACUUGCUGCUCAGGAGAAGAAGCCUCAAUUGGAGGAGAUGUUCAUGCAAUAUAUGGCUAGCCAGGACACUAUGAUGAAGAAAAUGGAUGCAAAAAUUGAUAAGGUUGCUCAGUCCAACCAAGCAUCCAUUCAUAAUUUAGAGGUGCAAGUAGGUCAGUUGGCUAAAUUGGUUGCAGAAAAAGAUCGAGGUAAGUUUCCUAGUACGACUGAAAUAAACCCUAGGGAAGGAGCUAUGGCUGUCACUUUAAGAAGUGGUAAGAUAUUGAAUGAAAUUAUGAAAGAAAAUGAACCCAUGAGUGUUGAAAAAGAGAGUGAUAAAGAAGAAGAGAAAGUGCCUAAAGAGAGUUCUAGUGAUCAAAACCUCACUUCCUCUACAAUUAAUAUUCCUUUUGCAGAAACACUUGCCAAUAUGCCAUCUUAUGCCAAGUACAUUAAGGAAAUUGUAUCUAAUAAAAAGAAAUUGGAAGAGUUUGCUACUGUGCAUCUAAAUGAGGAGUGUGCCAGUAUUAACCUUAUGCCUUUAACUCUUUUUAAGAAAUUGGAAAUAGUUGAAAUGAAGCCAACAACAAUCUCUCUUCAACUUGCUGAUAGAUCAAUCAAGUACCCGCUUGGAGUAGUGGAGGAUAUCUUGGUAAAAGUUGGUAAAUUUUAUUUUCCUGCUGAUUUUCUGAUUCUUGAUAUGGGUAGUGACACAGAUACAUCUCUUAUACUUGGUUUGGCGCAGCAGUAA